GGACAGUUAAUACUACUAUUUAAUAGAUUAUAAAUUCAUUUUACAUUAAUACAUUUUCUUCUACAUAAACGAGAAUACAUUUUUAGAUUACUAAGUAAAUCAUCUUGUCUAAUUUUAUAAAUAUUAAAAUAUAUAAAAAAAACCAGCUUAUCAUUAGAUAUCCUACUCCCAAAGCUCUAAACUUAUUAAUAAAUAUUAUGUGACAGACAGUAUCUAAAGCUCUAAGUCAGUAUAUAUUGCAUCUACACGACCACCUAUAGAAACUAUUAAGUCAGUUUAUAUACUAAUAAAUUUGUAACUGUAGAGUUAGAGGAACUAAAACCAUAUUAACUAUCUUCUAGAAUUGGAUUCAAAAAGUAUGUAAGUUUUGGCUCAAAAAUGUUUUCAAAUAAUUUAAGUAAUACAUUUAGGUAAUAGGUAAUCUAGAUAUCAAAUAAUUACGAAUAUUAGAUUUGGACCCCGAUUUAAAAACAGGAUAAAUGUUUUGGAAAACAGAAAACUAGUUUUCCAACUAAUAAGAAAAAUACCUGAAGAUAAGGAUAAUGAAAAUAGAAAAUUAAUUUGGUGUGUAAGGGAGUAACAACAGUUCCUAAAAAUUUUCAGAGAUCAAGUCAUGACAGUCAAUAUAUUUUAGAAACUCAGGCUGAUUACGCAAUUCAACAAUUUGUUAGAAUUGAAAUAGCUAAGGAGGAAAACAUAAAAUAUUAUAGAACUCAGGCACGAAUAAUGUUAGUGCCUUAAAUAAUUAAAAAUGCAUACAAAUUUAACACAAAGAACCUUAAGGCUUAAACACAGUUUAAACUCUUUUUCUAGAUUCUGGGCGGAACGAGGAAGCUAGUGGUUUUACAAUGGUGUUUUUUAGUUUUUUUUUUAUCCUGUAUACAAAAUGUCUACCAGAAGGAGUGCUUCGAUUUUAACAUAUAUUAUCUUAUCUUUUAGAAAAUUGGAUCAAGAUGGUACUUUAGAGAGUUCAUUUUUCGAUUUUCUCAAUAGCUAUUUAAUGUCAUGGAAAAAACCACCGACAAAUUACGAAAACCCGCUAAAAACAAUACCACCAUAGAAACGAAUAAAAAAUUAUAAUAUUAUAAUAUUAAUUAAACUUACAGGCUCUAAUUAUAAAUAAUAUCAAUAUAAAAUAUCCAGACUGACAAACCACCUACCCUCAAAAUCGUUUUUCUUAUGCAAUGAUAUUAUAUCAUUGAAUUCAAGUUUAAUACAAUCCAUUAUUCAUUGGCCAACUUGUAACAUACUGUACACCAGAGCGAAAUCCACUUACUCGAUUUUUUAAUAUUAAAAAUGUUGGUAGUAAAAUGUUUUUUUAAGCUUCUGAUUUUAAAAGAUAAAAUCAUAUAUACAUUUUUAAAGUGAUAAUAAAAAGUAAUAUUGAUAAUAGAUUAAGGCUUUUCUUGACUCAAACUACAAUACCAAAGGGGUGUUUUAAAGUUAACGCAUAGUGCAUUACGUAUUUGCGUGACAAAACAUGCAGGGGUUUUAUUGUUAUCUAGCUAUGGUAACAGUUCAUAUAUCUAACAAACAAUUGAAAUUGUACUUCAUAAGCAUUAAAUAAGGAUUCAAAUGUAUAACUUAGUUUAUUAGAUAUUAUUGUCAAUUAAAACCUUAUUAAUAUUUUAUUAAAAUGAUUUACGGUGGAAAACCCAUGAAACCCGUUCCACCGUCUAAAGCCGGUGUUUCUAUACCUACGCCAUUUAGAGGACCUCAAGCAUAUACAUACGGGUUUUUAGCUAAACAACCGGGAAAUGAUUACAAAAUUCGACUUCGUGACAUAGAACGAAUGCGUACAGAAAGGUUUAGAAUACAAAAUGAAAAUGAUUUUAAAAAUAUAUUAAGAGAAGCUCAGCAUAAAGAAAUGAUUGACAUGUCAGAUAAGAAGUGUUUAUACAAUCAGAUAAAAAGAAUGGUUGAAUGUGGAAUGAAAGCUAAUGAACAUUUAUUUAUAGAAGAAUGUCCUAAGCCGGAAUUAAAAUUAGAAAAGGAACCAGAAACCCCAAAAAUUGUCCAAGAAGAUUUAAUAGAAAAGGCAAGAAAGAUUAAAGAAAAAAGUGACGAAGAAGAACGAAAAUUAGUGGAAGAAAAACGUUUACAAAUGUUCAUAGUAAACUCUGAAGAAUUGAGAUUUGCUGCAAUGGAAAAACGUAAAAAUGAUAUAGCUCAUAUAAACUAUAAAAUUAUUCAAGAAAAUGAUAAAUUCAUUAAAGAACAAAAAAUUAAGAUGAGAGAAUUGGCUAAUAUUGAAAAUGCAGAAAUAUUUAAAAAGCAGACUCUUGAAAAAGAAGAGGAAAAGCGUAAACUUUUAGAGAAAAAACAACAGUUUCGAAAGGAAUUGUUUGAGCAAGUACAACAAAAAGAAUUAAUACUAGAACAACAAAAAGUGUUAAAAGCGAUCGAAUGCAAUGACAUUAAAAAAUUGAACGAAAAGUUAAAUGAAGAAGAACAAUUUGAAAAAUUGGAACGUAAAAAAAAACAGUUACAGACAAAACAAGACAUAGCACUAUUCACCAAAGAAAGAGCGAAUUUGUUUUCAAAAAUGAAUGAGGCGACAGCAAUGUUUGAUGAAACAUUCAAGAUCACAAUGAAACAAAAUUUAAAGGAUGAUUCAGCAGACGAAAUUGAAGCAAAGCUUCAGUUGAAACGUGAAAACGAUUUGUUUAAAGAACAUCAAGCAAUUAUUAAAGAAGAACGCAAAAAGCAAAGUGAUGAAAUAUCAAAAACCAUAAUGAAACAAAUAAAUGAAAUUGAAGAGCUUAAACUAUCUAUCGAACGUGAAAAUACUGAAGCACGACGAAAGAGAAUGAAGGAGGGUCAUAAUGUUUUAAUGGAACAGUUAAAAUCACGUAAGAUACUUUUAGAAGAACAAAAAGAAUUGAAACGUGAAAUGUUUAAGCAGUCGAUAAAAGAAUACGAAGACUACAUAAAAGAGGAAAAACUACAGUGGGAAAAUAAAAAACAAUACAAAUGGCAGUUUAGAAAAGACCUCAACGACCAAAUUAAGUCCAGUAAAGAAUUAAUCGAAAAACAAAGACAAAUCGAUUUGGAAAAUCAUCAAAAACUCAUGAUGGAAUUAGCCGAACAAGAAAAAUUACUAAAAAAACUAUUAUCUGAAUUGUGAGCAUACAUGUAAUAAGACCUUUUCAUGUACACCUGCUCAUAUUAUCUAUUGAACUAAGAUUUUUAUAAUUUUAUAAUAUCACGAUUCACGAUGGAACUGUUUAGUUGAUCUUUUUCUUCAUAUUAAUGUUUAUUACCUACUUAAGUACCUAUCUGUAUUGUAGUGGGUUUCCUAAUUUUUAGUGUUUAUCUUUUAAAUUAAUACGAAUUUAUAUUUACUCUAAAUGAAUAUACGGUUUUCAUUGUAUAAGUGCAUUAUGCCAUUAUUAUAGAUUUCAUAAAAUUGUAUCCAUAUUAAAUAUUUGUAUAUAUGAAUUCAAUGUAGGCUGCUGUAGUACAUAAAGAGAAUAAUAUCCAACUAAC